AGAGAGAAGAGAGAAGAGAGAAGAGAGAAGAGAGAUGGAAAGCUCACCUACCACCAUGGCUCCUUUGCUUCUUCGUAAACUCUUAACCACUAUCUUCUUCUACGCCGACAAGUCCCUUCUAACCCUUGCAGAGAAGCACAAGCUCCUCCAACUCAUUCGUUACAUCGUCGUCUCAGCUUUUCUCUUCUUUCUUGGCCUCUUACCUUCUCUAUUCCCCGGAUUGAAUCCUUCUGUAGAUAAUUACAAUUACCCUUUGAAACCUCCGAGAACAGAAAGUUAUAAUCAACCCAACGGCGGAGGCGGAGGCGGAGGCGGUGGCGUUGGAGAAUCCGGCAUCGCUAGAGCUCUCUCUCAGCUGUUAUCGAUUGUGAAUGAUUUACCGGUGAGUUCGAGGAAGUAUGAAGUUGUUAGAUCGUUGGCUGAGAGACUUAUUGAUGAGAAUUUACUGGAGGGAAACGAAACCCUAAGGGAGGUUAAUUGUACGGUCAUCUCGGCGGCGUUUUCGCGGACGCUAAGUCAGCUUGAGGCCGCCGUGCUCAGCCAAGGGCAGCGGAGCGGUGGUGGCGGUGGGGUAAAUGGUGACGUAAUUGAUGGGGCACAUAGUGAGGAUUCUUACAGAUACCGUUACCGGUUGAACCGGGUUUUGGGGGCGGUUCGGCACUAUGGUGACGUCAUGUGGCGAUUGGGGAAGUCGAGGGAGGAGCUGAGCCGGUCUGGGAGUUCAGCUGAGAAGCUGGCAGCGGAGUUGCUGUGGCUGUCUCAGAAACUGGCGGCUUGUGGGUGUGGAGACGAAGCUGUGACAAGGUGGGCUUCGGCUUCGAAUUUGGCUUGGCUGGCUCUUUCGACUGAGCUGCGGCUUCAAGGCUUUAUGGUUAAGGUCUCAGCCUUCUUGAUAAAGCAAGCCAAAGAUAUGGGAAGUGAAGCAGAUGAAGAGAGCAAGAAAGAGCAACAAAGGCAAACAAAAAUGAGGCUGCUUAUGUCAUGGAUACCAUUGCUAUGCCGAGCAAGCAGUGGCACAGAAGCACCAGUUCUGAGCUUCAACGAAAAAGCCGAGCUAGAGAGUGUCUUGGAGGCCAUCAUAGGCGUUUUAGAACAAGGAGACGAGCAAGAGAAGGUACUAUCUCUAUGGCUCCAUCACUUCACUUACUGUCCAUCCUCUGAUUGGCCCGACCUUCAUUCCUGCUAUACUCGUUGGUGCACCGCUUCUCGCAGACUCUUGAUUGCCCAAUGAACAUAUUAAGUUCCAAGAUGAUGAUGUUCUCAUAAAAAAAAGCCUCACAAGAGAACUUGCCAACGACAGCGCUGUAUAAUUCUCUUUGAAACUGUAAAAUUUGGUAAUGAGAGUAUAGUAUGAUCCUAUAGGACCUUCUUAAUGGCUAUCCGGGCCAUUUAUUCUGUAAUGUUAGAGGGUAUAUAGGUAUAAUUUCUUCAUUAUUCAAGUAGAUUAUGAUGUAUAAAUUAGCUUAGCAUAAAACUUAUUAUCUACAUGAAUAAAACCAGGGCAGAUCCAUGUUCUUUAAACUUUGUGUGCUAGUGUUUUUGUUGUGGAUAUGUGAACAUUAGAUGCACCUUAUUCAAUACAUUUCAAUAUUUACAUUGUGCUUGGCAAAGAUCAUCAAUGUUCUUCAUGAUACUUAGUUAAUUGUAUACUUAUAUAGUGGGCUGCCUCUUAUAGUUUUGGAAAUGGAGAAUCUUUGUAAAAAAAAUCUCUGGCAAAACAUAAUUUGUCGAGUUCAAUCCAAGAUCAAUCUUUAGAGGGAACAUGUUUUAGUUCGGGUACUGAUAAUGAUCUUUACAUGAUUAGGUUGUGUUUUCAGAGUUAAAUGUUUUUAUUUUUUCAUGUGCAUAGAGAUUAUGUUAUGGAAAAGCCAAAAUGCAUGGUUGGAAGGAAAUGUUUGUCCUAUGAAAGCCACAUCAAUCCUUCAACAUAUGGUCUCAAUUUGUUUCAGGGAGCAAGUGGCCCCAAGUACCUUGCUA